UUCUGCGCUGAGUGCUCCAUGGAGGUAGGUCGUACUCCGAAGUCAGGGCGAAGGAAUUUGGGGGUAAAAAGUCCAACUGUCCUGCACUGCUGCCAUGAAAGUGGAACAAGACUGUGAACAUGGGGAAAAUUCCGCGAACUUGAAUGAAAUGCUGCUUAACCAACUGAGGGAGAUCACUGGCAUUCAGGACUUGCAGGUUCUUCAGAGUGCCCUUAACGCAAGUCAGGGUGACAUUAGCCAUGCUGUUGGCCUCCUCACCUUACAAACACAAGGGGAGGAGCAGGUGCCUGAGGAACCUUCUGCAGACCAGCAGAGAGAAGCUUCCAACAACCACAACAACCAAGCUAAGGAUGACCUGCAGACUGCCAUUGAGCUCAGUCUGCAGGAGUCCCAACAGGCCCAGGCUGAGGAGAGAGAGCUCCACAGAGCUCUGGAGGCCAGUGCAGAGGAGAAUGCCGCCCAAGUGAAGAGGAAGAGGAGCGAAGCAUCAGGAGAGAGCUGCAGCCCCGCAGACUGGAUCAGGCAGGAGGGCUGUCCUGUGGGCAUCCGCAAUGUGGGCAACACCUGCUGGUUCAGUGCUGUCAUUCAGUCUCUGUUCCAUCUGCCGGUGUUCCGCAGACUGGUGCUCAAUUACUGCUUGUCUGAGCGCGUGCUGGAGAAAUGCAAGAGCCACUCUGAAAAGAGAAACAUAGCUUUCAUGCAGGAGUUGCGCUGCCUCUUCGCUCUUAUGGUGGGCUCCAACCGCCGGUUUGUGGACCCCUCUGCAGCUGUGGAGCUGCUCAGGGAUGCCUUCAGGACCAGCGAGGCGCAACAGGAUGUUAGUGAGUUCACACAUAAGCUGCUUGACUGGCUUGAGGAUGCCUUCCAGCUGGCGGCUAACGGAAGUAAUCCAGAGGAUAAACAGGACAACCCAAUGGUCCAGCUUUUCUACGGCACAUUUGUAGCUCAGAGAGUUCAUGACGGAAAGACUCUGUCCACCAUCGAGCAGUUUGGACAGUACCCCCUUCAGGUGAAUGGCUUCAACAAUUUGGAUGAAUGUUUGGAGGGCGCAAUGGUGGAAGGAGAGAUUGAGUCCCUGCAUUGUGAUCAGACGGUGUCGUCUGGCCAGGAGAGAUGGUUCUCAAAGCUACCUCCAGUAUUGACUUUUGAACUCUCUAGAUUUGAGUUCAAUCAGUCUUUAGGACGGCCAGAAAAAAUACACAAAAAACUGGAGUUCCCCCAGGUUAUGUAUAUGGACAGAUACCUUCACAGAAAUGUUGAACAGACUCAUGGCAGAAGAGGAGAGGUGAAGAGGCUCAAGGAUCAGUUAACAGUUCUGCAGCAGAAACUUGAAAGCUACAAAAACUAUGGUUCUGGGCCAACGAAGUACCCUCUGGCAGAUAUGCUGCAGUAUGUGCUGGAGUUCGCCACCACAAAGCCUACAAACACACCCCCCAGUGCGCCAGCGCCCGCCAACUCUCCCUCCCACACAGAAACUGACUCAGAAAACACUAGCCAAACAGAACCAGAAGAUGCUGGCUCGUCAAAUGGUUCAGACUGUACACAGACUGCUACACAGAGGACACCUAUACACAAGCCCUUUACUCAGUGCAGACCCCCAAUGGAUGGGCCGCUGCACCCAGCCCCCCACAGCGUGACUGAGGAGGAACUGCACUUUGUCAGGAGCUGCCUGACUCGUUGGAGAACCGAGGUGGAGAACAACAUAAAUGAGCUGAAGGCCAGCAUUGACAAGGUCAGCCAGGCUCUGGAGGGCAUGUACUCAGAUAACAGUUUGUGUCAGGUGCCCUAUAGACUACAUGCAGUUCUUGUUCAUGAGGGACAAGCUUCUGCUGGCCAUUACUGGGCCUACAUUUACGACCACACCCGUAAAUGCUGGCUCAAGUACAAUGAUGUCAUGGUGACAGAGUCGACGUGGGAGGAACUGGUCCGAGACUCUUAUGGAGGCAUGACUAAUGCCAGUGCUUACUGUCUUAUGUACAUCAAUGAUAGACUUCCUCACCUCAUAGCAGAGGACACAGAUGAUGAGACUGGACAGGUCUUGCAAGGCAUGGAUUCUCUUCCUCCCAUCCUGAGACGCUACGUUCGUGAAGAUAACCGCUGGUUCCAACAGGAGCUGAGAGAAUGGGAGGAGCAGUUUUGUCAGGCUUCUCAGGAGGAGCCGUCUGCUCCCUCAGAACACAAUAAUGUCAACAGUGAAGAACCCAGCACAGAACCACAGCACCCAAAGCCAGAACCAACACCAGAGUCAAACCAAGAACAAUCACAUGAGGCAGCCGAAGGAGCAGUUGCAGAGCCAGUACAGGAACCAGUCCAGAAAUCAGAAGAGGCUCUUGCCAUUCCAGUAGGUCUUGAAUCGUUGUCACCACAGUUCAGCGAGGAGGUAAAGCAGGUGGCAGAGGAGGCUGCGUCUACCAGCCUAGCCGAGAGCCAGCCAGAUGAGGGGCCAGAUAGGAGUCAGAGCCCUGUAUCGACAGUGGGAGUGGAGACUGAGAUGGCUGGUCAGCCGGACAGUGAGCAGACAGGACCAGAGGCAGUGUCUGAUCCUCAGGCUGAGCCUGAGGGGUCUGAGGAGACUGAGGCAGAGGCUGCAUCUGCAGAGGGCGGCCCAACGGAGACCAUACACAGUCGGCCUGUGAACGAAGUGUCUGAGGUGGAAAUCCCCAAUGUGGGCAAGAUCGUGGUGCUGUCUGAGGCAGACGGAUAUAAUGAAGAGUUGAUGCUUACCCCAGCCAUGCAAGGCAUUAUCCUUGCUAUCGCCAAGGCCAGACAGGUGUUUGACCAGGAUGGCCCUGAGGCAGGCCUUAUCAAGGCGUUUCAUGAAGAGUACUCCAGGCUGUAUGAGCUGUCUCAAGAGGAGACCACCCCGCAUCAGGACCCUCGCCUCCAGCACGUGUUGGUUUAUUUCUUCCAGAACAAAGCACCCAACCCCAUCAUUGAGAGGACUCUGCUGGAGCAGUUUGGUGACCGCAAUCUGAGCUUUGAUGACAGGGCUGUCAGUAUCAUGAGAGAAGCCAGAGCCAAACUACGUCUCAUCAGACCAGAGGAUAUGGACAUGGAGGAAUACCUACAAUGGCAGGAUGACUACAGCAUGUUCAAGACUGUGUUUGCAUACCUGCUGACAGGCCUUGAACAGUACCAGAAUGGAAAAAUUCGAGAAGCACUGAUUUAUCUUGCACAUGCUUACCAAGACAACACAGCCCUGCUUAAAACUGGGGAGAGGAAAGGAGUGGACCAGACACUUAUAGCACUUUACAGAAGAAAAUGUCUGAAGGAGUUGAAUGAGAAUGCAGCCACACUGUUUAAGACCGGAGAAGAGAAUGAUGUGGAAGAGGCAGUGACCAUCAUGAAUGACUGUGUCAUCCCCUGCAUGCACCUCAUGGUUAGAGACAGCAUCAGCCAGGAGGACAUGGAAGUCAUAGAAGCAAUCAGAAACCACUGGUGCUCUUAUCUGGAGCAGGAUAUGGAUGAGUCUCUGCAGGAGAAGCUAAGUGAGUUCUUGCCAAGGGUUCUUGACUGCUCAGCUGAGCGAGUGGUGCUGAAAGAACCACCUAAAGUAAGGAAGUCGCCCCACGACCUGUGUAGUCGUCUGGCUGCCGUCAUGGAAUCCAUUCACAGCACAUCCAUUGUCACUGUGAAGUGAGCACGGACAGAAGGCGAGGCAACAUCAUGGUAAUUCACUGCCAUUUAGCCUCUGCCUCAGGCUGAAAUGUCAAACACUGGUUUUCUAUUGUUGUUGCACUGACUAUAAAGCUAUGUAGUUUUUUAUACAUAUAUUUAUCAUGCUUUUGUCACAACCCUUUGGUCAACUCUGAUCGCACACUGAAGGAUUCGAAGAGCUGUUGUUUGAUUUCUCAUGCUCUUUCAAGAUGUUUGAUCUCAGGAAAGAUCAAAUGGAUGUCAUUUUGUAACACAAAAUGCAUUUUAAAUGCUAAUGUUGCUAAUGCAAAAUUAAAGGAGGACAGCAAAGGUGGGGUAUUUUAAAAAGGUUUAUAUUAUUUGACUUUCCAGAUGUACUGUAGACUGAUGUUGCUGUGAAGAUAACCAUUCAUAGAAGUUUACCAUACAUCCACUAUUUCAGAUUCUUUAACUGUUUUCCUCUCCUCUGUUCCAUCCCUCUAAGCCUGUGCUGACCCACAAUAAACUUUCUCCCACUUUGUUGUACUCUGC